AUCAUGCCAGUGAAAAGAGUUGCAGUGAUUGGAGCUGGGGUCAGUGGUAUAAGUGCCAUUAAAAGCUGUUUAGAUGAAGGACUAGAACCUACCUGCUUUGAAGGAACAAAUGACAUUGGAGGUCUAUGGAGAUAUGAGGAAAAAUCAGAAGUGGGGAGACCCAGUAUCUAUAGAUCUCUGACUUGCAACACUUCCAAGGAGAUGACAGCCUUUAGUGAUUAUCCUUUUCCUGAUAAUUAUCCCAACUACCUGCACAAUUCCAAAAUGAUGGAGUACUUACGAAUGUAUAUCAAGCAUUUUGAACUUCUGAAGCAUAUUCGCUUCCUGGCAAAGGUAUGCAGUGUAAGGAAGCGCCCUGAUUUCUCUUCCACUGGCCAAUGGGAUGUUGUGGUAGAUAUUGAUGGGAAGCAAGAAUUCUACAUCUUUGAUGGGAUCAUGGUUUGCAGUGGCCAUUAUAAUUAUCCUUACCUGCCACUAAAAGACUUUCCAGGAAUCAAGAAAUUUAAAGGUCACUAUUUCCACACCUGGGAGUAUAAGAAUCCAGAGAAAUUUUUAGGGAAAAGAAUUGCUGUGAUCGGCAUAGGAAAUUCUGGAGCUGAUGUCGCUUGCGAGCUCAGUCAUGGAGCUAAACAGGUGUUCCUCAGUACAAGGCGAGGUGCUUGGAUAUGGAGUCGUCUUUGGGAUAAUGGGUAUCCCAUAGAUACUGUACUCUUCACACGCUUUUAUAACUACAUCAAUAAGUGGCUAACAACCUCUAUGAUCAACAACUGGGCAGAGAAUAAACUCAAUUCCAAGUUUAAUCACACAGAUUUUGGACUUCAGCCUCAGCAUAGGUUUCUGAGUCAUCAACCUACUUUCAGUGAUGAUAUGCCCAACCACAUAAUUUCUGGGAGACUGCAGGUGAAACCAAACGUUAUCGAAUUCACUGAAACCACGGCCAUAUUUGAGGAUGGUACUGAAGAGGAGAUUGAUGUUGUGAUUUUUGCCACGGGAUACACAUUUGACUUUCCUUUCUUGGAAGACAACUUGAAAAAUAUUGACAGCGAACACACCAUGUAUAAGUUUGUAUUUCCACCUUUUCUCGAGAAGCCAACACUAGCUUUUAUUGGUAUCCUCCAGCCAGUGGGAGCCACCAUUCCAACAUCAGAACUCCAGAGCCGUUGGGUUGCACGUGUAUUAAAGGGAGCAAAGAAAUUACCAUCACAGAAAGAUAUGAUGGCAGAUAUUAAGCGGACCAGAGACAAACUGGACAAACAGUUCUUGAAAAGCCCACGUGAUACUAGUCGAGUACCAUAUGUUCAAUACAUGGAUGAAAUCGCCUCUGAAAUUGGUGUGAAACCUAAUCUGUUCUGUCUCUUUCUCCAAGAUCCCAAGCUGGCCUUAGAAGUUUUAUUUGGUCCCUGCACACCAUAUCAGUACCGCCUACAGGGACCUGGGAAAUGGGCUGGGGCCAGGACAGCCAUCCUCACUCAAAGGGAACGAAUUAUCAAACCUAUGAGGACUCGAGUCCUCAAAUGUAACCAGUCUCCAAGUUCUGUGUUAUGUUGGCUAUUAGGAGCCGGCCUUAGCCUAUCUCUCUUUGUCUUUAUUUUAGCUAUUAAUGGGUAA